UGAAAUUUUGAAUUUAUUCUCGCUGUUCCGCGUUCAAUGGUCAUUUAAUUUUUCAUAUCCUCUUCCAAACCUCUCUUAUUCUGAUCCCUUCUCUUCUAUUACCUGCACCUCAACAUACCAGUCCACAAUUUCUAUUAAGACAGCAAAUACCGCACGUCUACUUGAACGCAUUCAAGACUACGAAAAAAUGGUAACCAAAAUGAGUUUCGAACGUAAUUUAGCCAAACGAGAGAAUCGCUUCUUUCGUGCCAUUAUUGGCAAACUACAGCGCAGCAAGAAUGAGUGUUUCACCAUCGAGAAGAAGGAGGUCUAUCAGCAAUAUGCGCACGAGUUCGACGAGAAGCCAGUCGAUUGUAACAAACAUUACGAAAUGAACUAUCGCGACAUGUUGAAGGCGCGCGGCGAUUUUCAAGGUGAAUAUUUGCUCAAACAGAAACUGUGCGUUAAUUACAGCAACACCAGCGCCAAGUACACAAAAGUAGAGAAGUGUGAGCACAGCGAGCCAGAAAGUAACGCUGUUGUGAAGCGGUGUUACUUGCACGAGGGCGUCAACCGCCAUAGGUGCGGCAGUGUUGGUAUUAGCUCUGGUGAUGCUGGUCGCACCGGCGUUGCAUGCAAAGAGCUGGUCUGCAGCGAUCAUGAGCCAGAGUUUCCAAUACGCUACACAAUCAAUGAUGAGAGCAUGUUUGCGGGCUAUGGUGGCGGCGGCUGUGGUGGGCCAUGUACUUCGCGAUCCAAUAGUUGCACUUCGUUGCAGGCAAAUUUUUCCACGUCCAGUAUAUUUUGUGGUGGCAAAGAAACGUCACCCGAUGGGGAGCGGGAAUGUACGCAGAACAAUCGACCCCACCAACUCACCAAUGUGGAUGGCGGCGUACGCUUUGUAUACUCAAAAUUUGGAAAUUUUCAUUAAAUCUAGCCUAUUAUUACGCGUCAUUUCACACGCUGUAUCUAAAUAUUGGACAGGUGUCACAGUUCAAAAGCGUGCAUAUACCUUUUCUGAGGAGUUACUCUCUAAAUGUUGAUCAAAAUUGUUUACGCUACCAGUGGGGGCGUAUGCUGAGCGGAUUAAAAGGACAAAGGAAAUUGUGAGAAGUGAGCGAAAGCAAGCGGGAGUGCGCAAAUGGUGGUUUUUGUAUUAUGCAUUUAUUGUGUACCUUGUGAGAUAAUAUCCGAUUUGCAAAUUGAAAAUAGUUUAUAUAAUUAUAUAUAUUUAUGUGUGCAUUUUACGACAGAAUUUACAUUUGAGCUUAGUACACAUGUAUGC